GGCACGCCGCCCAACUUCAAGGCUUUUCGAAAGCUCAACGCAAAUUAAUAGUGCACACCGCGCUAAUAGUCGUCUAUUACCAUCGCUUCUAUUCUCCAUAAAUUCUAUUCUCCACCCACCCUAAUCGAGAUAUGCUAUUCACCUGUAACUGUAAGAAUACGAACGAACCUUGUUCCAGUUACUAGUAGUAACUUUUGCAUAUUUCAUCGAAUUAGUUUCCUUCGAGAAAAACGAGUUGAAUUUUUCCGAUUAUGUACUACAAAUAUAUAAAUAUGCCGACUAUUGCCGCGAAUAAGAAUGAUAAAAAAAAAUAAACAAAAUGAAAAGUGUUUUUACAGAGUUUAAAUAUGAAAUAACGGGACAAAGGAACACCCUUAAGCAUCUUUCACGAUAUCGUCAUAAAUGAACAAUGCUAGAAGCGAGGGAAAGGGACGAAAGUAAGAAUGCAUAGGAACAUUCUGUAUGUGUAGUACGGUUGAUCGUAGCGCAACACGCGGCUGAAAUGCCGGCAGAGUGCGGACCGAGGCGAGGGAGCGUGUAACGUGUAUUCCCUGACAGUUUCAUGUCAACAAAUGUCGUGCCCGCAGCCCGCGGAGUCGCGCCCAGCAAUGAGCCAGGCCUGUACCAGAACUCGCGGCAUAUUCGCGAGAUGAACCAAUCGUGUAGCUCGGUCACGUCAUCGUCGGCCAAUCGGUAUCGUUGUUGGUGGCGACGGUUGCUAAAAAUAGCUCGUAUAUAUCUAGGCCGGCCGCGACCGCGAAUUAUCCACAGUCGUGCGCCGGCAGCCGACGAAGGAGGGCGGUGUUGGGCGUAUCGGAGCGCUGUGUUGUCGUUCGCACUGAAAAGGUUAAAUGGUAAUAACAGACCAUGUACAACCUGAACGUGAACGUGAAUCCUAGUCCAGCGGCUGCCGCGGGUCUUCUCGGUGUCGCGGCGGCCGAGGUCACGCCAAGGACACCGGAAAUUGUAAAUUCCCUAAUCGCUAUGACCAAUCCCUUCGAGGGUUACACGAACGAGAAAAGCAGGGACCGUACGGACUCGACUAGCAGCGGAUUGAAGUUGACGCUCCAAACGAAGAGGCGAGCCAAUGGAAGCGGGGAUGACUCCAAGAAGAGGACGAAAAAGGAGGACGGCAGUGCGGACGACGAGGAGGAGGACGAGGGGAGCAACAACAACAACCGCGGUGGACUGACACCGGAGGACGAGGAAAGGCGCCGAAGACGACGCGAAAGGAACAAAAUCGCCGCAACCAAGUGCCGGCUGAAGAAGCGUGAGAAGACGGUGAUCCUGGUACAGGAAUCGGAGAUCCUCGAAACGCAAAACCAUGACCUAAAGUCACAGAUACAGGAGCUGGAGACGCAGAGGCGCAGGCUGGUGGACAUGCUGAGCCUCCACGGACCGACAUGUCUGAAGCAGGGUGCUUCGGAUACUUCUUAUCAGCAGUUCGCGGAACCCGUGCACCUACCUAGUUACCAAGAAAACUUUGUGCAACCUCCGCCAGCGUUGAACCAACCUCAGAAUUGCGUUACAGAGUACCCGGUGAAAGUGGAAGAGUACGAGGGUGAUUUCUACCGACAGGGAAGCCCUUAUGUGCCAACCUCGGAUUCCGGUUGUACAGUUUAGUAGUUUUAUCCAUUAUAAGUGAUCCCUGCCGCCAUUUUAGGGAGCAAUCUCUGAGGAGGUUUAGGUUUACCGGUCUGCGAUGACCCUGGUUGUAUGCAUUCCAAGAAGACCUCGGAGAACUGAAACAUCGAUAACAGUUGGAGAAUAUGUUAUCCAGAAAACAUUUGGAGAGUCUCGUGAAUGUCCUUCUUGUUGGAUCUCCCUUGUCAUGUCCGGUAAACCAGACUCUCCUAGAUCUCCUUCCCUCCUCUGUUAAUUGCAAGUCUAUAGCUUAUAAGUUGAUUAAUGAUUACGAUAACAUAAUUUCGCGCUCCCUUUUCCUUCUUAUCCUUUUUCUUUAACGUCUUAUAGUCGGUUCUUUACCUACUUGUCUUCCCUCUCUCCUUUUUUUUUUUUUUUAACAUACACCUUUAUACUCGGAACGUUCAACGUAGAACGCUUGAAGACAUUCCUUGAAAGUAAUCCUUUUUUGAAAGUAAGUAACCAAUUCCUUGAACAUAAGUACUGUGACAUUCUAAGGUAUAAUUAAUAUGUAUAAUCGACAACCGUAAGACAGAAACGUAUCACUUUUGUAGCGCUCUAGAUGAGCGAAGCUGAGCCUAGUUGUCGGACGUUAGUUUUUGAAGAAGAACCUUGUAAACGGAUAGAAAAUUCUCUAUAAUGCCUAAUGUUAAAUGGAAAAAAUAUUCUUGAUAAGAAAGUUUUACUUCUGUCAACUAUGAUGAUCUUUCUACGACGCUAAGUCGAAACAAAGCGCGAAGAGAAAGAAAAUCUACGAGCGCUACCAAAGUGCUUUCGUUCACGUGAAAGUCGAGAAAACUUCUUACAAAUUGCAUCGCGUUAGUGCCGUUAUUUUUUACGUGACCAUUUCUCGAUUCACCAGUGAGAGAUGCCUUUUAAGCAUGUAAGUCUUCUGAUAUUGAUUACAAUUAUCAUAUUGCGACGCGAUUACGAGACGCGUUCAAAGGAUACUUAUAAUUAUACGAAUAAUCGAAUGAUAUUUAAUAUUAUACAUGUGCAUAUUUUAUACAGAUACAUAUGUUAUAUAUUUACACUUACAAACACGCACAUAUAUAUGUGUGUUUAUACAUGUAUAUAUAUAUAUACAUAUGCGCGCGCGUCAUUAAAAUUUAAUGAACACUUAAUUAAUCUGCAAUUAAUUGUUUCAUUAAUAUGACAAGAGCCGAACGACAUACCUCAAUUGUGGGUAGUUACCCUCCCUCGGUGCGUUUGUGGUGAAAAUUAAUUUUUAAUCUCUAAUUCUACCUUUACGUAGUGACUCUGGCCGUGUAAUUAUUGAAAUUUUAAUUAUUGAAUUAUGUACAUCGACUGACAGUGAUGCGAGAGAAUGCCAAAGAAUCAUCGGAGACAUUGGUCAAAGUAAAAGAACGAGAUGUUAUAUUUUUAUUAUCCAUAUAUCAGUGAAGAGAGAGCUUGGCAAACGCACUUUGGGUUACGCUUAAACGUUCGUGCAAUUUAUGAAAGCUAGUUUAAUAGUGAAAUGCUUCGAGUCUUUGGACUAAAAUGCUUUUCAAUCUCGGAAUGUUACCGCCAGUUUAUCUAACAAAGUGGAAGAUUUUUCCUGCACUUCGCGAGACAGAAGUGAGACAGAAGUCUUCCUCUUGUUUUACUUCACAGUAUGCGAUUUAAAAAAAUUAAUCCAUUUGUAUUUAGAUUUUAUACUAAAUACACAUGCUAAAUAGAACGAGUACCUGCGACAAAUAUAUCACUUCUAAUCGACUCCUUACGCGUACAAGUAUGCUACUCGUUUGUGUUUAUUAAUAUUUUUGAAGGUGAACAAUGUAUAAAAUACAGAAUAUAAAUGGAUUAAAUAUCUACGAAUGUUAUGUAUGUUGUAAAUGCGCAAGACAACCGUAAACACGCAACAGUCACACACGUGUGGUGCUAAUACAUACAUACAUAUAUAUAUAUAUAUAUAUUUGCUUUUUAUAUAAAUUUUAUUAAGUUGCCCGAAAAGAGUAUUUAAUAGUUUAAUACACAUGUUAAGCAUUAAUGUCUAUUUACUAAUGCCGAGUUCAGAAAGAAAUAUCAGACAUACUGAAAUAGAGGUUAUAUUUAUAUGCAAAUCUUUUUCUAUUGCCGAAACUUUGAAGAUUCUAAAAAAAGUAAAAUUUGUAUUAAUUCAAUCAUCGUAUCGAAAGAAAUUAGUAUUGGAUUUAUAAGAAACUUAUCGCAAACGCGUAUUGUCUAAUUAUUUCUCAAAUUAAUGUAAUGCGCAGACUGUUCGAAAGUAUUGCAUUUUUUUAACUAAAAAUAUUCCGAUUAUGUGUGUAACGUACACUUAACAAGAAUCAUGAAUGAAAUUCACAAUUCUUUGAAAAUGUAGAAUAUAUUUUAAUAAUUAUGUUUGCUGUCCGAUACAUACUGCCAUUAUUAAAGUUUCAGAUACUGUUGCUCAUAGUAUCUGGCUUAUAGGUUCAUCGUUUUAGUAAAGUGUAUUAAAGUCUUUCUAGAGGAUAAGCACAGAAUAACUUUAAUAAUACAAUAGCGAGCAGUAUAUAAGAUUUUAUUUGUCGUAACAAAAUCGUACUAUCGUUUUUUUAUUACCGAGUACCUGGCGAUGGAUUUCCAUGCGACAGCUAUUUUUCCUUAGGAGAAAUGUAUUGAAUUUAUAUUAGAAAAAUGGCUGACAAAAUUUUACUGUAACCCAAGAAAAAAUUUUAUUCUUAAAAUAAAAGUGCCUUCAAUACUAA